UCCAUGUCUUUAAGUCUGCGAACGAGGAAGUCGCGGGCGUCUGCGCCGACUCGGAGGGUCAAGACUGGUUGUAAGACAUGCAAAUGUACCAUUUCCGGUCGUGAAUGUAACGGCUACGAUGUCCUGAAGACAUGUCGACAUGAGUUUGCCGAGUACGCAACGAAGUACUCUAUCAGUCAUGUGCAUGCUCCAGAACGACAGGUGCAAUCACUGGGAGGAGGGAAUAAUGCCCAUUUCUUGGAGCUCUAUUACCAUUGUGUUUCCAAAGCUAUUUCCGGACCAUUCAACCACGACUUCUGGUACUGCCUAUCACUUCAAAUGGCCCACGCGGAACCAGCAGUACGACAUGCCAUUAUUGCACUGACAUGUCUCUACAGAUCGGAUUCUGUGAGGACGAAGCACGCACGAACAGGUCUUCAAGACACUAGCGAAGCACAAAGACAAUUACUCAUCCACUACAACAAGUCGAUUCGUCAUCUCAUAUUGCGCAUGAGCGAAGCAUCUUACUCCCCUGAUAUCGGUCUUGCAACUUGCAUUCUUUUCAUCUGUAUCGAAUUCUUUCGUGGUGAAUACAAAACCGCCUUUGCGCACCUCAUGUCCGGCCUCAAAGUCAUCUCCAUCCUAUCUCCUACCCCUCCCACGGAUAUACCCACCAUUGGGGCAUACCACCGCGCCCUUGUCACUCGCAACACUAAGGUUGACGUCCGUCUGGCAAGCUUCUUUCCCCGACUCAUUACUCUCGCCCUCGUCUACGGCGCGCCCGUAGAACAUGCAACCUACAUCGCCGCGCCCUCUCCAUUCAAAGACGCGCACCCCUCCAUCUUCAGAACCCUCCCGGAAGCGCGUCUCGCAUUGCAUGAAGUGGAGAACAUAGCACUCUUCUAUGAGCGUGAGCUCCAGCACAACCGCUCCCGCGGCAUCGAAGUCCCCGACGCUGACGUCGAGUAUAACAUGCGCCUCCUGCUCGAUCAGCACGAGCACUGGAUGGCCAGCUUUGAACUCUUCCUUACACGUAUCGCCGGCACAACUACGCCUAAAGAUACUGUCUUCGUGUAUCUCGUGCGCAUGGCUUACUGGUGCACAUACAUCUCAAUCGCGAACAUGCUCGACCAGGACAUGACAGGCGUCGACGCAUAUAGACGCAAUUUCAGACCAUCGUACAGUGUGUGGGCGCUGUCCUUGCUGCAUCUGGGUUCCUGGUCGCAGAGCCGGAAUGUCUGGAAUCAAGCUUGGCCUCGCAGCAUGGACACGGCCAGGGCUCAGAACACACUGCAGAGAAUCUCACUCUCGAGCUCAGUAUCAUACCUUGCCUCUAUUUCGUGGCGUAUAGAUGCCGUUGUCCUGUCACCCGGCGCGCAGCAAUCAACUAUCUCUCUUUACCUGGCAUUCCUCGCGAGGGAAUGUGGGAUCCGGAGCAGUAUGCGAUCGUCGCAAGGCGCACGUUAUAGAUUGAGGAGGCGGAGGUUGAUGAGCGCGGGUGGCCGCUUGCGAGGACGAGGCUGUGGAGUGCGAUUGUGAUAGGAAGUAAUUUGAACUGGAGGUUUUCAGCGCGGAUGACGGCAGGAAGGGGGUUUGCUGGAGACAUCCGAGCGGGCAAGACGGAACGGUUUGGUGCUGGUGUGGGGGAAGGUCUGGCUUGGGAGGAGUGGUUUGUCUGUGAUUGACUGUACGUGUGUUACGGUGUGUAUAUUCAGCUCUGAAAUUAUACAAAAGCUCCGCCCAAACGCCUCUAUACCCGUCCAUUCUUUCU